CACUCAUUGACUGGUUGGUGCGGGGGAGUCGGUGCGUUUCAACUAUUUUCGGAACGAGUACAUUUUAGGGCGACUUUUUACUCUAUUGGAUUUGAGGAGGACUUUCAUUUAGAAAACACGCCCUCUCAAGCCUAACAAAUAUUAGAAUCCACUUGCCCGUCCGUGUCUGCUUGUCAGUGCACACACGAAGAGAGGGCUACCGAUUCAAGAGGUAUUUCAGACGAACAUUUCGUGUCCAUAGAGUAAACCACUGUCAAUGGUUUGCAGGCUUAACCUAAUUCGGAUUUCGUUUAAUUAGUAAUUCACCAACAAGAAGGCACUGAACGCUGAACUGCAUAGGUAGCUGUUCCAUGGAGAAGGAUUUUGCGACGCCAUCUAGGGAUGCAGGGCCGAGCAUGGCCACAGGCUCGGGGGCUGCAGAUUCCGCCUUGCCGGAAGAGACGCAGCCACCCAAACCGCCCGGCCAACAUGCGGUAUCCGUGUUGUGGUCCUUUGGAAAAUGCCUGGCUACACUUUUGCCAGUUUACCUGGCAGGAUACUUCGGGUUUAGUAUCACCUUAGUUCUGUUCGGUCUGAUGGUCUACAUGGGAUGGACACACAGUCGCAACGAGAAAGUGAUGCGGCUGCGGUCUGCCAUGUACGUAUUGGAGAACGAGAGAGCAUACGCAACUGCAAGGGCUUUUAGGAGUAAACGGGAAUUACCCCCAUGGGUCAACUUUCCGGACGUGGAGAAAGUUGAGUGGAUGAACAAGAUUCUGCAGCAGGCGUGGCCGUUCGUGGGCCAGUAUCUGGAGAAGUUACUGGUCGAAACCAUUGCUCCAGUCAUACGUGCAUCCAACACCCACCUACAGACCCUCAGCUUCACCAAAGUGAACCUAGGGGACAAGGCCCUGAAGGUUGUGGGAGUGAAGGCUCACACGGAGCACAACAAGCGGCAGGUCUUACUGGAUCUGUACAUUAGCUAUGCGGGUGAUGUGGAGAUCAAUGUGGAGAUCAAAAAGUACUUUUGCAAAGCAGGAGUGAAAGGGGUACAGCUACAUGGAAUGUUGAGGGUUAUUCUGGAGCCCCUGAUUGGAGACGUUCCUUUGGUGGGAGCCGUCACCAUGUUCUUCAUACGCAGGCCUAAGCUGGACAUCAACUGGACUGGGCUGACCAACUUGCUGGAUAUCCCUGGACUCAAUGCCAUGUCGGACACUAAGAUAAUGGAUGCUAUAGCCUCGUACCUGGUCCUCCCCAACCGCCUCACUAUCCCCCUGGUGGCCGACCUGCACGUUGCGCAGCUCCGCUCCCCUCUCCCACGGGGAGUGGUGCGAAUCCACCUGCUGGAGGCUGAGGAGCUGACAGCCAAGGACACGGUCAUUAAGGGGAUUAUAGACGGGAAGUCUGACCCGUACGCUGUGCUGCGUGUGGGCACCCAGACCUUCACAUCACACACCGUGGACAGCAACCUCAACCCACAGUGGAGAGAGAUGUAUGAGGUGAUUGUCCAUGAAGUGCCUGGUCAGGAGUUGGAGGUGGAAGUGUUUGAUAAAGACCAGAACCAGGAUGACUUCCUGGGCAGGGUCAAGAUGGAUCUAGAUAUCGUACACAAGGCCAGAGUUUUAGAUGAGUGGUUUAGUCUGAAGGAUGUACCAUCUGGCAGUGUUCACCUCCGUCUGGAGUGGCUCUCUCUGCUGUCCUCUGCUGACCGACUCAACGAGGUUAUCCAGAGGAACCAGAAUAUGACCUGUAAGACAGCAGACCCUCCUUCGGCAGCCAUCCUGGCUGUCUACCUGGACCGGGCUCAAGACCUGCCUAUGAAAAAGGGUAACAAGGACCCCAGCCCCAUGGUGCAGCUGUCCGUAGAAGACACAACCAAGGAGAGUAAGACUUGUUAUCUUACCACUGACCCAGUGUGGGAAGUUGCCUUCACAUUCUACAUCCAGGACCCUCGCAAACAGGAAAUUUCUAUUCAGGUGAAAGAUGAUGACCGGGCUCUGUCUCUUGGCAGUCUGUCCAUCCCUCUGUCCCGUCUGCUGGCUAGUCCUGACCUCAGCAUGGACCAGUGGUUUCAGCUGGACAACUCUGGCCAGGCCAGCCGCAUCUAUAUCAACGCUGUUCUGAGGGUGCUGUAUUUAAAUGAGGAUGCCUCUCCUACCAGCCCCGUAUCUCCUCACCCCCUAAGCCCAGGGUCAGGCCACGGAGAUGGGGGUAUCUCAUCAGAGUUGGCCCCUGGGGGAGUGAGUGGAGCCCCCAAACCUGUACCCACCCGACCCCAGCAGACCACCCCUGACUCGGACUUUGCUAGUGAGGGAGUGCUGCAUAUCCACCUGGUGGAGGCCAGUAACCUGAUAGCCAAGGAUAACUUCAUGGGGGGCAUGGUGAAGGGGAAGAGUGACCCCUACGUCAAGAUCAGAGUCGGGGGAGUCACCUUCCGCAGCCACACCAUCAAAGAGAACCUCAACCCCUACUGGAACGAACUCUACGAGAUCAUACUAACCCAGCUGCCUGGUCAGGAGAUCCAGUUUGAGCUGUUUGAUAAAGAUCUGGACCAGGAUGACUUCUUGGGCAGGUUCAAGUUGAACCUGCGAGACAUCAUCAGCUCACAGUUCACUGAUGAGUGGUACACUCUGAAUGACGUGAAGUCAGGUCGGGUUCACCUGAUCAUGGAGUGGCUCCCCAGGCUCUCAGAGUCCACCAGACUAGACCAGAUCCUUCAGUUCCAGGCCGAGCAGCAGUACCAGAACAAGGCAGUGCCGUCGGCUGCUGUGCUGUUUGUGUAUGUGGAGAGAGCACACAGCCUGCCGUUGAAGAAGAACGGAAAAGAGCCAAAAGUGGGGGCGGAGAUUCUGCUGAAGGCCAUGUCAUACAAGACCAAGGUGUGCGAGCGCUCUACGUCUCCUCGGUGGGAUGAAGCUUUCCACUUCCUGGUUCGUGACCCUAAAGAGGAACUCCUUAUAGUGAAGUUGUCCCACAGCUGGGGCCAAGCCCUGGGCACGGUGGUACUACCACUGAGAGAGGUUCUGUCAGAGCAGGGCCUGGUGCUGGACCGAUGGCUGAGUCUGGACGGGGCCCUCCCUGAGAGCCAGAUACUACUGAGGGCCACACUCAAGAUCUUGGACACCCAGCUGGCAGUGUGUCGCAGUGAUGGUACUAGGGAGGGCAGUGAGGACAGAGACCAUGUCAUCCACAGACGGGACACUGAACCAAACCUACGACACAGAUCACCGCUCUCUCAACUAGGUGAUCAGAGCCCCGGCCAGGUGAAGCUGCAAAUUGGCUACUCAAUAGAGGAGAACCGGCUGUUCAUCACCGUCCUUUCCUGCAGGGGCCUGCCAGCUUGUGGGUCUGCUAAGGACGGAUCCGACCCCUAUGUCUCCUUCAUCCUUCUGCCAGACAAGAACAGGAUCACCAAGAGAAAGACCAACACCAAGAAGAGAGACCUCAAUCCUGAGUUCAAUGAGAGGUUUGACUUCGACUUCUCUCUGGAGGAGUCCAUGCAGAGAAGACUGGACCUGACUGUCAAAAACAACGUCUCCUUCAUGAGCCGGGAGAGAGAGCUCAUUGGAAAGUUGCAGUUGGAUUUGGAUCAGAUGGACCUGAAGAGUGGCAAUGCACAAUGGUACGAUUUGGUAGAGGAGACCAAUUAGAUGAGAGGAUGGCCUCGCUUUCCCACAGUGCAAUGGUCCUUUUACUAUCACCUCUUCAGUUUGUUUUAUAUUUUUAUUCAGCUUAUGAGCCCUGGGGCCACCACUGAAGAAUUGCUUACAUUGCAUAUCAUCCCAACAAUACCCCAAUUCAUCUGUAAAUUGAAUUCCUCCAAUCAAUGACAGAUUUGGUCUGUGUUACUACUGUGCUAUGAAGGCUCUGAAAAGAGAGAAUUCCUCAUUCCAGAGUCAUGAGAACAUUUUAUUUGUUUGGCUGAAUAGAUAUUUGAUAUGAAAGCAACUAUGAAAUAUACACUGAGUGCACAAAACAUUAAGAAAUACCUUCCAACUAUUGAGUUGCACCCCCCAUUUUGCCCCCAGAAUAGCCUAAAUUUGUCAGGGGCAUGGACUAGAAGGUGUUGGAAAGCGUUCCACAGGGAUGCUGGCCCAGGUUAACUUUUAUGCUGGAUGUGUUUUGGGUGGUGGACCAUUCUGUUGAGUGGGAAAACCCAGAGGCAUCGCACUCCUUGACACAAACUGGUGCGCCUGGCACCUACUAUCAUACCCCGUUCAAAGGAAAUGAAAUAUUUGCCUUGUCCAUUCACCCUCUGAAUGGCACACAUAAACAAUCCAUGUCUCAAUUGUCUUAAGGCUUAAUGUCCCCUUCAUGUACACUGAAUGAAGUGGAUUUAACAAGUGACAUCAAUAUGGGAUCAUAGCUUUCAGCUGGAUUCUCCUGGUCAGUCUGUGAAGGAAAGAGCGGGUGUCCUUCAUGUUUUGUACAUCAGUGUAUGUUACCAAAGCACUUAAAUUGUGUUAAGUCACAAAAGGCAUUUAGCUUCAAUCACAUUGAUGUUUUUGAUGUCUCUUUUAAUGUUUUAUUAAGCAUUUUUAUCAACCCCAGAGCACCACAAAAAACAGCAGAAAUCCGGAACGGUUUCAACUUUUAAGUGUUUAGAGUUGUUCUAACCGUUUAAGUUAUUAUCUACUCAAAAAAAGGAAUUGUUCUCAAGAGUCAUUUUUUAUUUUUUUCAUUUGUUUUUAAGUGGUUUCAUUCCAAAGAUCUCAACAACUUAACAUGAUGACUUUACGUACCAUCAUGGACGUUUACAAUCCAAAUGAAAUGAUUACUGAUUCCUGAAAUGAUUCCUUUAGUGAUGCUUUAAAGAAACAAUGUUUUAACUCAUCAAUUCCUUCUAUUAUCCUGUUUUUAUCCUGUUACAUUUUUGCCUUAUGUAUUCCAAUACUUGUGCACAAUUGGUUUAACUAAUGAUUUAUAUGUUCAUUCUGUCCCAAAUGAAGAAGUUUUAAACGUUUUAAUCAUAUAUAUUUGAGGGUUGAUUUUAUAAUUCAGGAGAAGUAUUACGAAAUGACCCAGAACAUCACAUUUGCCAGUGAAAAUGUUACACAUUCUAGCUUUACAGUAUUGCAAUAUCCGAAUCACUGUGCUUUUCUUUGAUCAAGAGAACGUUGUAGCUAUAUAAUUCAUGUAUGUUCACAUUCCAAGGCAGCAUUGUGUUGUAUACAGUAUGUUUGUGUGUAAUUGUAUGUGUUUGUAGUGCCAAUAGUGACCUGGGGUCUGCUAUAAGUCAGUCAAUCAGAGUCAUGUUACAAGUUGUUUGUUAUAAAACACUUAGUCUUAGAUAAAAGACCCUGAAAGAACCCUGAGGGACGGUUUCCUAGACACAGUUUAAUCCUAUCCUAUACUAAGAAGCAUGUUCAAUGGAGAUUCCAUGGAGAGUGCUGUUUUUGUCCAGGACUAAGGCUUAAUUUGUGUCCAGGACACCGGCUCUGAAAGAAGCAGGCAAAUUAUUUGUCAAGGAAAUUCCCUUCCCUCUGCUGUCAUCUCACUGCUAAGGCUUGAAAAUGUUAUGACAUGUUUGUAGGCAAUAUAAAGAAGUAGGGGGAGGGGGGGACGGAGAGAAAGAGGGAGACAAAGGGAGAGAGACGAAGAGAAAGGCGACGGAGAGAGACGGGGAGAAAGACUGCUGCUUUAACACAUUUGCCUAAUCACUGAACGUCUGUGUCGUAGUUGUUUCAUUAAACGUUUGCACUUGCUGUAAAACA